AUGGCUGAUAUAGCAGUGUCUUUGGCUCCCUUCCUCAAGGAUGUAGAUAAAAGGGCUGCAGCUGAGGGUGAUAACACAGAGGAUGGAAUCAAAAAAUGGGUGAAGAUGUUGAGAGAACAAGCUAUUCGCAUAGAAGAUGUCAUUGAUGAAUACAUGAUCUAUGUUGAACAGAAUCCUCAUGAUCUUGGAUGCGAAUGUUUUCUAUGUAAUAUUGUUCACUUCAUCAAAACUUUGAUCCCUCGUCGCCGAAUUUCUUCUGAGAUUAGAAACAUCAAGUCAUCUCUUCGUGAAAUCACGGAAGAAAGUGGAUCCAACAGUUCAAGAGAAAGACAAAAUGUCAAUUCACAAGACCCUCAGAGGAUGGGUUACCGUUACAUUGAGGAAGACCAACUUGUAAGCUUUGAUGCCCCAAGAGAUGAAUUGAUUGGUUGGCGGGUAGAGGGACAAGCAGAGCGCACUGUCAUCUCUGUGGUUGGAAUGGGAGGACAAGGAAAACCACUCUUGCCAAGAAAGUUUUUGACAACCAAAAGGUAUGUUGUCUUGUUUGAUGAUGUGUGGAAUAACAAUUUUUGGGAUGAUAUUAAAUCGGCUGUGAUCAAUAACAAGAAUGGAAGUAGGAUAUUUAUCACAACCAGGAAUAUGCAUGUUGCACAGUUCAGUAAGGAAUCUUCUCUUGUUAAAGUGCUUGAGCUGCAACUUUUAACUCCAGAAAAAUCUUUUGAGUUGUUCUGUAAGAGGGCAUUCCAAUCUGACUUUGACAUAUGUUGUCCUGAAGAACUCAUUGAUAUAUCUUCCAAAAUUGUUGAAAAAUGUAAUGGUCUCCCACUGGCAAUUGUGGCAAUUGCUGGUAUCUUAGCUGCUAGCAAAAACAAAAAUGCACUUGAAUGGAUAAAGUUCAAUCAAAGUCUAAGUUCAGAACUAGAAAAGGAGUCCCGUUUGACUGAUAUAACAAAAAUUUUAGGUUUAAGCUAUGAUGAUUUGCCUGAUUAUCUCAAGCCAUGCUUACUGUAUUUCAGAAUAUAUCCUGAAGAUUAUGUGGUUAAAUCGAAAAGACUGAUUCAACAAUGGAUAACAGAAGGAUUUGUUACAUCUGAAGAGUGA